GCGUAAUAACUGUAAUUUCCGUCGCCGAUCACCAACGGCAUUGGCCUCCUGUCUGUCUCCUCCUGUAUUCUUGAUUUUAGGCCAGAUCAUGAAUAGUGUAAUCACUUACAGUGACCCCAUAAUUCCAAGCAGAACGCUAUUUGAUCUCCCUCCUCACGAAGUUGUUGAACCAAAGAUAGAGUCAAAUGAAAGUAUUAGCAAAACUUUGAACGAUUCUAAUGAAGUUAACAUUUUACAGAAGAAUAAGGACUCUAUGAAGAGCAACUUCCUGAGAAAUAUAUGCAUCAAUCGAAUUCCAAAUAAUGAACUAAUUAAAGAGAAAAAUAAGGGAAGAGAUGUACCAUCUAAUCCCUCC